GUGCAUACACUGUACUCUCAGCUCGAUGCCUAGUUUCGCGUUUGCCAGUAGAUUGGGUCAACAAAAGUUUAUUAGUUUUGGAUUGUUGGGGCCCACAUUGAGGUGUCGUCAAGUCGUGCAGCGCUGCAGUCAUACAAUUUCAAGUUCACGUAUGGUUUUCGACGUCGUUGUUGUUGGUGGCGGCAUUGUUGGUCUUGCAAGUGCUCGAGAGCUCGUUCGCAGACUUCCUAACUUUCGUGUGGCCGUGCUGGAGAAAGAACACACUUUGGCGUAUCAUCAGACUGGUCAUAACAGUGGCGUCAUCCACACAGGCAUCUACUACACGCCUGGAUCACUGAAGGCCAAACUUUGUGUGGAGGGUUGCGGGUUGAUGUACAACUAUUGUAACGAGCAUCAUAUACCGUACAAAAAGUGUGGGAAGAUUAUUGUCGCUGUUGAGGAGGAAGAGCUGCCAGUAUUAGACGCUCUUUAUGAACGUGGCUUGAAAAAUCAAGUGAAGGGAUUGAGAUUAAUUGAUGCGGAUGAAAUCAAACACAUUGAACCACUGUGUAGAGGUUUAAAAGCUAUCCACUCACCUGAAACAGGCAUUGUUGAUUAUGGCAGAGUGGCAAAGUCAUUCGCAAGAACGUUUGAAGAAAUGGGUGGCAAAAUACACACAGGAGCAGAGGUUGUUGACUUUUCUCUCAAUGAAGAUUCUGUUGCUGUACAUACGAGGUCGGGUGACUCAUUCUUAGGCCGCUAUGUAUUGACAUGUGCCGGUCUCUAUUCUGACCAAAUAGCAGCCAAGUCAGGAUGUGGUGACGAACCUCGGAUUGUUCCAUUUCGUGGUGAAUAUCUCUUGCUGAAGAAGGAGAAAGAGCACCUUAUCAGAGGAAACAUCUAUCCUGUUCCUAACCCUCAGUUUCCUUUUCUUGGUGUUCACUUCACUCCACGUAUUGAUGGUGGUGUUUGGCUUGGUCCCAAUGCUGUACUCGGGUUUGCAAGAGAGGGUUACAAAUUCUCAAAGAUUAAUGUGAGAGAACUUUAUGAUGCUUUAUCUCACAGAGGAUUAAGAAAACUUGCCCUAAAACAUUGGUAUUUUGGAUUGGGAGAGUUCUUUCGAAGUGCCUACUUAAGAUUACAAGUGCGCCAGUUGCAAAAGUAUGUCCCAGAUGUGACAAUUGAUGAUGUUGUGAGAGGGCCUGCAGGAGUUCGAGCUCAAGCUCUUGAUGCUGAUGGAAACUUAGUCGAUGAUUUUGUGUUUGACAGUGGUACUGGUGAGCUAGGUAGCCACAUGCUACAUGUAAGGAAUGCACCAUCUCCAGGAGCAACUUCAUCGCUGGCUAUUGCCAAACUGAUUGUCAACAAAGCCGAGGAAAGGUUUUCCCUUGGCAGCUGAUGAAUUAGACAUGGCCAAUUAUGGUUAGUUUAUAUGCAACAGCUUUUUGGGAAGGUUCUUUUCAUACCAUAAUAUUAGACAGCACCUUGACAUGACCUGUGCCUAUUUCUAUUUGUAAAUGUUACUGACAGGUGCUGUUUAUUGGUCAAUUAAAUUAGCCAGUACCAAUUGUGAUAUGCUCUAAUAUGUUGUAUUUGGUUUUGUAACUGUUUCAUAAAAGAAGAAACAACG